CUGGCAGUUUCUUUCCAGUUCCUGGCCUAGCUCUGCAAGAAGUGCCUGCCCAUCCUCAGCCACCAUGAGCCAUCCGUCAGGCCUCCGGACCAGCAUCAGCUCGACUUCAUACCGCCGCACCUUCGGGCCACCGCCCUCGCUGUCCCCCGGAGCCUUCUCCUACGCGUCCAGCUCCCGCUUCUCGAGCAGUCGCCCGCUAGGCUCCGCGUCCUCCGGCUCCUCGGUGCGUCUGGGCAGCUUCCGCGGCCCUCGGGCCGGCGCGAGCGCCCUCCUGCGACUGCCCUCGGAGCGCCUCGACUUCUCCAUGGCCGAGGCGCUCAACCAGGAGUUUCUGGCCACGCGCAGCAACGAGAAGCAGGAGCUGCAGGAGCUCAACGACCGCUUCGCCAACUUCAUCGAGAAGGUCCGCUUUCUGGAGCAGCAGAACGCCGCCCUGCGCGGGGAGCUGAGCCAAGCCCGGGGCCAGGAGCCCGCCCGCGCCGAUCAGCUGUGCCAGCAGGAGCUGCGCGAACUGCGGCGCGAGCUGGAGCUGCUGGGCCGCGAGCGCGACCGGGUGCAGGUGGAGCGCGACGGGCUGGCGGAGGAUCUGGCGGCGCUCAAGCAGAGGUUGGAGGAGGAGACACGCAAGCGGGAGGACGCUGAGCACAACCUGGUUCUGUUCCGCAAGGACGUGGACGAUGCUACUCUGUCCCGUCUGGAGCUGGAACGCAAGAUUGAGUCUCUGAUGGAUGAGAUUGAGUUUCUCAAGAAGCUGCAUGAGGAGGAGCUUCGAGACUUGCAGGUAAGUGUGGAGAGCCAGCAAGUGCAGCAGGUGGAAGUGGAGGCCACGGUGAAGCCAGAACUGACGGCAGCACUGAGGGACAUCCGCGCGCAAUACGAGAACAUAGCGGUGAAGAACCUGCAGGAGGCAGAAGAGUGGUACAAGUCUAAGUACGCAGACCUGUCCGACGCCGCCAACCGGAACCACGAGGCGCUGCGGCAGGCCAAGCAAGAGAUGAACGAGUCCCGACGGCAGAUCCAGAGCUUGACGUGCGAGGUGGAUGGGCUCCGCGGCACGAACGAGGCGCUGCUCAGACAGCUGCGGGAGCUGGAGGAGCAGUUCGCCCUGGAGGCCGGGGGCUACCAAGCGGGCGCGGCGCGGCUGGAGGAGGAGCUGCGGCAGCUGAAGGAGGAGAUGGCGCGCCACCUGCGCGAGUACCAGGAGCUCCUCAACGUCAAGAUGGCCCUGGACAUCGAGAUCGCCACCUACCGGAAGCUGCUGGAGGGCGAGGAGAGCCGGAUCUCUGUUCCAGUCCAUUCCUUUGCUUCCUUAAAUAUAAAGACGACUGUGCCUGAGGUGGAGCCUUCCCAGGACAGCCACAGCCGGAAGAUGGUCCUGAUCAAGACCAUUGAGACCCGGAAUGGGGAGCAGGUGGUGACAGAGUCACACAAGGAGCAGCGCAGUGAGCUAGACAAGGCUUCUACCCACAGCUACUAA